GUUCCAAACUUUUAUACUAUGAUGGAAUGAUCCAGCUAAGCUAUACAGGAGGAACACCCUACAAUGAUGAUAAGAAAACCCCUCGCUCAUCGCUUUUUACUUUCUUGUGUGACCGAGAUGCAGAUAUUGGUCAGCCAGAAUAUCAGAAAGAAGACAAUUACACGUAUAACUUCAAGUGGUACACUAAAUACGCCUGUCCAGCACAGCCCGUGGAAUGUAUCGUGGUGGAUGACCAAACAAAUGAACAAUAUGAUUUAUCCAGCUUAUCUAAGGUACAAGGGCUGCACACUACAAACUGGUAUUCCAUGGAUGAAGGCCAUGAGAAACGAAGAAAAUAUUAUAUUAAUGUAUGUCGGUCUUUGAUACCUGUUAUAGGGUGUGAUCCCUUUACCUCAGUGUGCCAAAUGGAAUAUACUAAAGUCUCUGAUAAGAUGGUUGAAAGUGUGGAGACCAGCAAUCUGGGGGUGGCAAGCAAGAAGCCUGUUAUAGAAAGCAGUGGCAAAUUAAUCCUGGAAUAUACAAAUGGAUCUGCAUGUAUCAAUAUGGAGGGAAACUCG